GGCAAGCUAGGCCCCGCCCCCUCCAAUAAAGAGCCCUCACUAGCUGUGACGCGGCCCGGAACAGCGGGAAGAUGGCGUCGCAGGCAGCUGGGGACGGGCCGGUCAAGAAGAAGAAGAAGCGGGGACACCUGGCGGCGGUGAUCCUGGCCCGAGGAGGAAGUAAGGGGAUCCCGUUGAAGAAUAUCCGGAGACUAGCCGGGAAACCGCUCAUCGCCUGGGUGCUGCGGGCCGCCAUAGACUGCGGGCAGUUUGAUAGUGUGUGGGUGUCCACAGACCUUGAUGAGAUCGAGAAGGUCGCCAAGCAGUAUGGGGCAAAGGUCCACCGGAGGAGCCCUGAGGUGUCCCAAGACACGACCAGCUCCCUGCAGACCAUACAGGAGUUCCUGCAGCAUCACCCAGAGGUGGAUCUAGUUGGGAAUAUACAAGCCACGUCUCCAUGUCUGCACCCCUGCGACCUCAUCAAGGUGGCGGACAUGAUACAGAACCAGGGCUACGACUCGGUGUUCUCUGUGGUCAGACAUCACCUGUUCCGCUGGAAGGAGGUGAAGGCAGGAGAGUCAACAGUGGCAGAUAACUUUAACCCAGCGCGUCGCCCUCGCCGCCAGGACUGGAACGGAGAGCUGCAUGAGAAUGGAUCUUUUUACUUUGCCACCAGAGAGCUGAUCACUAAGGGAUUACUACAGGAUGGGAAGCUCGCUUACUAUGAAAUGAGGCCGGAGCACAGUGUGGAUAUUGAUGUUGAUCUCGACUGGCCCAUCGCAGAACAACGAGUCAAAAGGUACGGAUAUUUUGGCAAGAAUCCAACAGUGGUGAAGCUGUUGGUAUGUAACAUCGAUGGCUGUCUGACAGACGGGCGAGUCUAUGUGAAUCAGGAACAUGAGCUGAUCUCCUAUAGUCUGCGAGAUGUUGACGGGAUACGAAUGUUGCUGGACAAAGAUGUGCAGGUUCAUUUCGCCUCCGAAAGGGACAUCCGUCCAGCGUUGGUGUCCAAUCUGAAUCUGCCAUGUUUGAUCGAGGCAAAUGUGUCCAAUAAAAAGGAGGUUGUGGAGCGAUGGAUGGACAAGCUGGGUAUCUCUUCCUGGAACCAGGUGGCCUAUAUGGGCUGCAGUUAUUCUGAUGUGGAGUGCCUGAAGCUGGCUGGCACUGGUGGAGUUCCCGCUGACGCUUGCACGGCGGCCAAGAUGACGGACAGCUUUGUCUGCCAGCAUGGAGGUGGCUAUGGAGCCAUUCAGGAGUUUGCUGAUCACAUUAUCACUCUAAUGGAGACAGGAAGAUAAGUGCAGCCCCGAUUUAUUAUCCUCCACGUUUGGGGCUCAUUCACUGAGAUUCUGCAGAACUGGAACUGCAGGUGAAGUGUCGGCACGAGAUAAAACAAAGUUUACAUAGCAGAUGGUUCAGUGCUGU